CCUUGAGGCUACCACCACCCCAUCUUGACAGUGCUGAUAUCCAUAAAAGCUCCAACAGGAGCAGUCCAUUGCACCAACAACUGAUCUCCAGGCAGGAACUCAACAGACUCCACACGCAGCUCUUGGCUCCGGACCCUCUCUUACUGGCAGGAUGGCAGCUCCUCUCUCCGUAGGCAGACACGAGCUUCUCCCAGGAUCCGUGCAUUACACCCAACAGAGGGUCAAGGAGCGUGGCCAGUGGGAUAGUAAAAUGGAGUUCAUUCUAACUGUGGCUGGUGCUAUUAUUGGACUUGGAAAUAUAUGGAGGUUUCCAUAUCUUUGUUACAAGAAUGGUGGGGGUGCCUUCUUCAUCCCGUAUAUCCUGUACCUGGUGACCUGUGGCAUCCCUCUGUUCAUCCUGGAGACGGCUCUUGGACAGUACACCAGCCAGGGGGGCAUCACCUGCUGGAGGAAGAUCUGCCCGCUGUUUGAAGGAUUGGGCUACGCCGCCCAGGUGAUCACUAUAUAUGGAUGUAUGACCUACAUUGUGAUCCUGGCCUGGGCUUUCCACUACCUGUUUUCAUCCUUCACUGUUGACCUGCCAUGGGCCAACUGUAAUAAUGACUGGAACACAGAUGCUUGUGUCACAUUUGGUACCAAUAAUGUAACCAGCAAUUGGACUGUUCCUCUCCUGAAUACGUCAUCUUCAGUUGUAGAGUUUUGGCAGCGGCGAGUGCUGCGGAUAUCGGAUGGAAUAGAAUCACUUGGAGGCAUUAGAUGGGAGCUGGCCCUGUGCCUUCUGCUGUCCUGGGCCAUCUGCUACUUCUGUAUCUGGAAAGGAGUGAGGUCUACAGGAAAGGCAGCGUGCUUCACGGCAACGUUCCCCUAUGUCAUGCUACUGGUGCUAUUCGUCCGAGGAGUGACCCUACCUGGAGCUAUAGAUGGCAUAUUCUACUACAUGUAUCCCAAUGCUACACGGCUUGCUGAUCCACAGGUUUGGAUGGAUGCAGGAACCCAGGUAUUUUUUUCUUAUGCCAUAUGCCUGGGAUACCUGACUUCUCUCGGAAGCUACAACAAAUACAACAACAACUGUUACAAAGACUCCUUCUACCUGUGCUUGUUGAACAGUGGGACCAGCUUCCUGUCUGGUUUUGCUAUUUUUUCCAUCCUGGGUUAUAUGGCUGGAGAACAGGGUGUGGACAUCUCUAUGGUAGCUGAGUCAGGUCCUGGCCUGGUGUUCAUAGUGUACCCACAGGCAGUGUCCCUGCUCCCCUGUCCUCAGUUCUGGGCCGUGUGUUUCUUCACCAUGAUCAUCCUGUUAGGAUUGGACAGCCAGUUUGUCGGCCUUGAGAGCCUUAUGACCUCGGUAACGGAUGUCUACCCCAACGUCCUCAGAAAGGGCCACCGGAGGGAGCUACUGCUGCUGCUCAUCUGCUGUUGCUGCUGCCUGGUCGGACUCAUCAUGGUCACAGAGGGUGGCCUCUACAUCAUACAGCUGUUUGAUCAUUAUGUGUGCAGUGGUGCCACUCUGCUACUCCUCUCCAUAUGCCAGUCUUUCAGUAUUGGAUGGAUAUAUGGUGCUGAACGUUUCUGUGACAACAUUGAGGAUAUGAUUGGCUACAGGCCCUCCUCUCUGGUGAAGUACUGUUGGCUAUACAUCACCCCUACUAUGUGCACAGGAACCUUUGUGUUCUCGGUGCUGAAGUACAGCCCUCUGAAGUUCAACAACACCUAUGUGUACCCCUGGUGGGCUUACGGGCUGGGAUGGUUCCUGGCUAUGUCCUCCCUCUCUCUCAUUCCCAUCACCAUGGUCUACAAACUGUACCGAGGACAAGGGACAUUUUGGCACGUCAGUGGCAUUUCAGAUUUUCUCUUGAAUAUUAGCACUCGUGUGAAAAACGACUUAUUGUUGCAUUAAAUGCAUGAAUCAAAUGAAUUAUGACAUUCUGAUCAAUAAAGCUUGUCUAUGUGUUUCUGAGCUAUUCUGAGAUAGAUUUUGAAGAAUACUUUUGCUGCUAAUUGAUUGUACGUAUAUUGAUAUCUCUUUGCUUCCCCAGCGCCUCCAGGCAAUCUGCCGGCCAGCAGAUGACCUUCCCAGGAUCAGGGCUGGGAUGUAAUCAGGGUUGGGAUGUUACAUGUAAUCCGUUACAAGUAAAGGAUUACACAAAACCUGUAACUGUAAUAAUUUACUGUUACCAGCACAACCGUGCUGAGGGUGCUGCAGAACCCCCCCAAA